AUUUUAUUUAGUUUUACAUGUGUUACAAUAAAGUGAUAUAAUGAACAUGGAUACAGGUGAUAGUGGGAAUGUACCCCUGCAGUCAAGGCCAGAAACAGCAGAGGAAGAGAGAGAGCAAGAUGAAUGUUCAAAAAGUAUUACUAGCAUAGCGACAGUGGAAGCUGGUAGUAACACUGCUAGCAGAUCAAACAGUGCAACUGUGAGCUAUGACCACAAUAGUGAGAGAAACAGCAGAGAAACUGGUGAUGGUUCACGUGAUAUUUCAACACCUUCUACAAGACAACAGACUCAGCAACAACGGAGGUCUUCAAGAUGUGGUGCUGCAGCUGUGCAUCCAACACCUAUUGGUCUUGCAGUCCGGGAAGCUUUUGGUCCUCCAAUAGAUGCUUCAUAUUCAGUGGAAUACGCUGAAUCACAGACAUUCUGGCUUUAUCACGUAUUUCGGACAACACCAGAUGUACCAGAUGGCUCUGAGGGUCAGCCUGCUGGGACAUACACAAUUGAUGAAAAUCCAUCCUAUCUGGAAGACUCAACAGCAGGACUUCCUGGUGGUCUUCACAAAGCACAAGAUGCAACAUCGCUUCCUGACACAGAAACACUAAUGUUUCGAGAUGGACGUCGCCGUAUUGACAUGGUUCUUGUAUAUGAGGAAGAAGAGCUAGGUGUCAUGACAGAAGCAGAGAUGUUACGAAGGGAGAGAAGACGUGUCUUCCAGGAGAACCUCCUUGCUGCUGGGUUGGAGCUAGAGCUGGAGGGGAAAGAGAUGGCUUUUGACCAGAAAACAUUCUUUCUCAAAAUCCACAUUCCAUGGAAAGCCUUGACAAGAUAUGCAGAAGUAAUGAAUUUGAAAAUGCCUACUAAGAGAUUCAUAGCACUUUCCAGCAAUGCUUGGGUAAGUGACCGUAGAGAAAAGAAGGAAGAAUCAGAAACACCAGGAUUCCCCUUUAAGUUCAAGAAAAUGUUUGAAUACAACCAUAACCGUAUUGCAAAGGAACCUUCUUUUUAUGAAGCAUCGUACAGCAAGGACCAGGAAGAACAGUUUGUAGUGAAGGAAAGAGAACUCUUCUACACUUCAGCUCAGAGAAGCCUUGUUGUGUGGCAAGUAAUGAUGAGAACAAAGUACGAUGAAAGUGAGAAGUGCGGCAUCCGCAGACUCCUCAACAAUAAAACAUAUUUGGCAGCAUUUCCUUUACAUGAAGGGAAAUAUGCUCAUGAUGCAUCCAGUGGAUAUAUUUUUGAUAGGAGGUUGCUGUAUCUUGAGUGGGCAUCUCUGUCAUGUUGGUAUAAGAAGCAACCCUUUUGGCUCAUCAAGAAAUAUUUUGGUGACAAAAUAGGCCUGUACUUUGCUUGGUUGGAUUUCUACACCAAAAUGCUUAUUCCUGCUGCUAUAGUAGGUCUGCUUUGUUUUCUUUAUGGUGCAGCAACACUAUACUCUAAUGAUAAUGUACCAAGCCUGGAGAUCUGUAAUAAGUCUGGACCUGGCAAUAUCACACUCUGUCCACAUUGUGACAAAGCAUGUUCUUUUACCACACUGUAUCAGUCAUGUACAUUUGCAAAACUCACAUAUCUGUUUGACAAUCCAGCUACUGUCUUCUUUGCUAUUUUUAUGUCUUUCUGGGCUACCACCUUUCUUGAACUCUGGAAACGACGACAAGCAGUAAUUGUGUGGGAAUGGGACUUGCAAAAUGCUGAAGAAGAUGAAGAACCAAGACCAGAGUUUGAGACAUCAGUUAAAACAUUCCGCAUCAAUCCAGUCACACAUGAAAAAGAGCCAUAUCUUCCCACAUGGAGCAAAGCUUGGAGGCUUCUGGCAACUACUACAGUCGUGUUUCUCAUGGUUGUUGUUGUGAUGGGGACAGUUCUAGGAACAAUAAUCUACAGAAUUGCACUAAUAACAGUGUUUCAUAGCAGUGGAGGUUUCUUCAAUACACAUGCCAAGAUUUUCACAUCGGUCACAGCUGCCGUUAUCAACUUAACGAUCAUCAUGAUUCUGACAAGGUUAUAUCAGAGAAUUGCAACACUUUUGACAAACCUAGAGAAUCCCAGGACUCAAACAGAAUAUGAAGACAGCUACACUUUCAAGAUAUUUGUCUUUCAGUUUGUGAAUUUCUACUCCUCAUUGAUCUACAUAGCUUUUUUCAAGGGGCGCUUUUAUAAAUACCCAGGUGACAAAGAAGCACGCCGUGAUGCAUUUCAAAGACUUUCACUGGAUGUUUGUGACCCAGCAGGCUGCCUAUCAGAGCUCUGCAUCCAGCUGGCCAUCAUCAUGAUUGGCAAGCAGUGUUUCAACAACUUCCUUGAGAUCUUCUUACCGAAACUACGCAACUGGUGGCGUAAGAGGUACCACAUAUCAAAUACAAAAGAUUUAGAGCGCAGUUACACCCGCUGGGAAGAAGAUUAUCACCUUGAGGAUUCGGGACGACUUGCUCUUUUUGAAGAAUACCUUGAAAUGGUAAUUCAGUAUGGUUUUGUAACUCUUUUUGUGGCUGCAUUUCCUUUGGCUCCUCUGUUUGCAUUGCUAAACAACAUUGGUGAGAUUCGAUUGGAUGCAUAUAAGAUGUUGACCCAAGCUCGACGUCCACUGGCAGAACGCGUAGAGGACAUUGGAGCUUGGUAUGGGAUUCUUCAGGGGCUCACCUACACUGCUGUUGUUUCAAAUGCAUUUGUCAUUGCAUAUACAAGUGACUUCAUCCCACGUAUGGUAUACAAAUUUGUCUAUUCACCAGACAACACAUUAACUGGUUACAUUGACUUCUCACUUUCUGAAUUCAAUACAUCUGACUUCCAGAAAGAUAUGAUGCCUGAUGAUGAUGGCAAUCCCAACACACCACCUCCAGAGACUUGCCAAUAUAGAGGUUAUCGUAACAAUGCCACUUCUGAGGAUCCAUAUGGCCUUUCAGCUGUCUACUGGCAUGUCUUUGCAGCCAGACUUGCAUUUGUUGUUGUAUUUGAACAUAUUGUGUUUGCACUGACAGGAAUUAUGGCAUAUGCCAUACCAGAUAUUCCACAAGAGGUCCAAACUCAAGUGAAACGUGAGAAGCUUUUGGAGAAAGAAAGAAAGUAUGAAAUUGGCCUCAAAGCAGCAGGUUCUCCAAGUAAUUUUCGUGACAGAGAAGAUGGAAGUAAACUUCAAGGGAGACUACAGCUGCCUCCACUUUUGCCUCCUGGGACAGCAAGAGAAUCAAAUAACUGGUGGGCUCGGCGAGUGAGCAAAGUACGAGAUGUAUCAACAAGUCUUGCAGCUCUCAACAAAACAACCACUUAG